CAAAAUUUAAAAAGCAAGCAGAAACGCUAAAUUAACGCUCCAAAAUCAAUUUCAUAUUCAGAUCUCUGUCAUUCUCGUCCUUUAUCGCCCAAAUCCUACAUGAAAGCCAUUAAGAAGCUCAAGUUCUGGUCAAGAAAGAAGAGAAAGAAGAAGCACUCUUCCGAUUAUAAUCAACAUCAACAUCAAUCUCAACCUUAUUACUAUCAGCCUUUUACUCCCUCCACGUGUCCCCAUUAUCACCAUUAUUAUUGCCCUUGCACCUCCUCGGCUCCCGAGCCCUCUGCUCCUCCGCUGCCGCCAUGGCUGGACGCCGACGAGACAGAGUGUUAUGAGUCUUAUCACUACGAACCGAGCCAAACCCAGAUGGAAUAUUCUGAAGAAGACAAUGAGGAAAGCAGUGCCAUUUGUCCAGAAUUGAAGAACUGUGAGAGUUCUGAUUCAUAUCAGCAAUAUAUGGCUCCGAAUCCGACGUAUGGGUUGCCGGUUGCGGCGGAGAGUGAAGGAAGAGAGAGGCCUUCUGGAUUCUUUGCUUCUGUUGCUGGCUUUGGUUUCGAUUUGUUUCGUUGCUUCUUUCCUUGCUUUCACAUUCGAGAAAUCGGCCAUGAAAAAAUUUGAAUGUGAUGUGUAUGUACUUAUGUAUGUAUGUAUGUAUGUAUGAUCUGUUAAUUUUGGCAAUUGAUUAUGGAUUAUAAUGCAGAUUAAUUUCGCCAUC